CUCGCACACAAACAUACUCCUCGUUGUGCCACCGAAACUAACAUGUUGAAUAGCUGUGGCAAAGUGCUGUGCUGUGUCUUCGUGUUGCCGUGAUACAGAACUCCCGGCGUCUUUGUCCUGAGUCAAUGAGCCGGUUUCACAGUCCAACACAGUGUCUUCGUAACAGCCCGAACCAAACAUUAGAAUCCCAUACAAUCCAAAAUGGGGAGGUCUUCGAUGCCACACUAAAUACACAAGACUUUUCCUGUAUAGUUUCAUCAAAUUUGUGAACUUAAAUAUAAACACCAGACACUAUACAAGGAAAUUUCGAAGGCUCUGGUAUUGGUUUGGGAGCCUACUAACCCAUCAUGGGGAACUGUGAAACUGGCCCUUAGUCGCAUACAAAGCCACUCGGGUCCCACUGUCCUGCGUUGGGCGAGGAGUUCUGUGGUGCGGCAGGUGGUUAGCCCAUCAGCAGGCGCGGGGCAUUAAUGUGGUGGGCGUGGGGGCAGGAGGAGGACGUGCCCGGGGCGUCCUGGGCACCCCCACCCCCACCAUGACCUCACGAUGGCCCCCCACCACCCCCACCACCACCACCUCUGCCCCUCACUCCACCACCACCACCACCUUCACUGCCACCUCCUCCUCCUCAUCUCUUAGUCUAUGGAUGCUGAGUCUGCUGAUGAUUCUGAUGAUGCUGGCAGGAGCGUCGGGGAGCAAGCAGGAGUUCAGCGUGCGGCCGGAGAGCGUGGAGGUGGUGGAGGGGGGGGACGUCCUGCUGUCCUGCGUGGUGGAGCAUCAGCAGGGGAAGGCGCAGUGGACCAAGGAUGGAUUUGCAUUGGGGUUCGAGAGGGACGUGCCCGGCUACCCCCGCUUCCAGUACGCCGGGGAGCCCUCGCUGGGGGAGCACCACCUGGCCAUCACGGGCGCCACACUCACGGAGGACGGCGAGUACCAGUGUCAGGUGGGGCCGACCAGCCACAGUCCACCCAUCUGGGCCGCCGCCAACGUCACUGUGAUACUGCCUCCCACGGGGGUGCGCAUCGUGGGGUGGGGUGCUGGGGCCCAGGUGGAGGUGCUGGCGGGCACGGCGCUGAACCUGGACUGCGAGGUGAUGGCUGGACGACCUGCCCCCCGCGUCGCCUGGCUCAGGGACGGCGCCCCCCUCCCGCCAGAUCUUCAGGAGGACAGCACGAAGGUAUCCUCUGAGCCACGCCGCUGGGACACACGAAGCCGCCUCACCGUCAACACCACCCCCGCUGACGACGCCGUAGCCUUCACCUGCCGCGCCCUGCACCCCGGCCUGCCCCUGCCCCCCCUGCCGCCGCCCUCAGAAUCUGCCCCUAGCACCCAGGAACAACAACAACAGGAACGACAGCAGCAGCAACAGGAACAGCCGCCCAUGGAAGCCUCUGUUACGCUCUCUGUUUUGCAUCCCCCGGGGGCGCCCAUGGUCAGCGGCUACAGCCCAGGGGAGGUGGCCGUGGCGGGGGAGCGUCGUACCAUCACCUGCACCUCACUGGGGGGGAACCCGCGCCCCUGGGUCUUGUGGUACAGAGAUGGGAACUUGUUAGAUGAUACAACGACCACUACGACCUUCCCUUCUUCCUCUUCCUCGUCCUCCUCUGCCUCGUCGUCCUCCGCGUCUCAGGGUGUGUCCAGGGCAGUGGUGAACGCCCAUGAGCUUGUCCUGACGCCCCUGGAGGAUGGCGCCCUGCUGGAGUGUCGGGUGUCCAAUGAUCUCCUGAAGGAACCACUGACGGCUAAUGUGACCCUGACGGUGUAUUACCCCCCCGCCAGCGUGACCAUCCGCGGACCUGCUCAGGUGGGGGCGGGUGACACGCUGAACCUGACCUGCGAGACCAGCGACUCUAACCCCCCCGCCUCCAUCACCUGGACCGUGCAAGGCGAGGUCAUCGAGAACAGCCGGUCGGUGGUGGCCAAGGACGGCGCGGGGGGCUGGGUGACCUCCUCGCGCGUGAGUCACCCGGUGGGGGGCGCCGCGGGGAGGGGGGGCUCCGUCAAGGUGGAGUGUCGGGCCCUCAAUCCCGCGGUGGAGCAGGUUGUCAGGCGCACCACCACCGUGACCAUAACGCGUCCAGCAGGUCCCCCCGUGUUCAAGAGUGACCUGCGGGAGCCUGUAGUAGCCGGGACGAUGCUUGACCUGACCUGCGUUAGCGUGGGAGGUCACCCGCCACCCACCCUCAGGGUGUACAAGGGGGAGGAGGAGGUGGCAACAGAGGUGGUGGUGGAGGCGGGGGUGACGGAGGCGCGGGUGGAGGUGGAGGUGACAGCCGCGGACAACAGGAAGGAGGUGUCUUGCGAUGUCUCCAGCACGGCUACCAACGCCACGCCACAGUCCACCUCCGCUACCCUGUCUGUCCAGUUUCCGCCCUGGGAGGUGACGGGGGAGGUGACACCGGGGACAGUGGAGGAGGGGGAGGUGGUGACACUGAGCUGUGAGUCCACCUCCAGUCUGCCUGCGUCUAACAUCACCUGGACCUCCACCUCAGCCUCACUCCACGGGGCUAUUGUGUCAACCUCGAGUGGGGCUUUUGGAGGAACAGUAACCAGGUCCGAGCUUCACCUGAGCACCACAGCGGAUGACAACGGGCGGACCUUCCAGUGUGAGGCGUCCAACAGCUUGGGGGUCGCCGUGCACCAAGACCUGACCCUCAAUGUGCUGCACACCCCCCGCUGGAUCGUGAAGCCCCCGGAGCAGCUGGACGUGUACGAAGGCGCCGAACUGGUGGUGACGGCUACUGCCCUCGCUAACCCCGGCCCUCUUAGGUACUGGUGGCGGCGAGGGGAGGAGACGCAGGAGGCCACGAAGGGGGAGCUGAGGCUGGGCAAGGUGGGGCGACACAUCUCCGGCGAGUACUCCGUCAGCGCCUACAACCCCCGGGGAGCUGCCAACGCCUCUUUCACCCUCAAUGUGCAGUACGCACCUGAGCACCUGCAGGCCGUGGAGAGGGUGACAGUGGGGGAGGGGGGGGCUGUCACGGUGGAGUGUACGGCAGGGGGCAACCCACCGCCCACCCUCACUUGGACGAACAGCGGCACGAACAGCACCGCCCACACCCUCUCCUCGGGCGUGGGCAUAGCCAGGCUGGUGGUGGAGGAGGCCACGGUGGAGCACACAGGCCUAUACCUCUGCCACGCCUCCAAUGUGGUUGCCUCCGCGCCCCCUGUGUCCACCAAGGUUAUUGUGACGCAGCCGCCGCGGGUUGUAGUGGAGGCGGCUGGUGCAAGUGGGUCAUGGGCGGCUUUAGGCGGCCGAGGGAGGCUGGUGUGCCGUGUGAGGGCCGCCCCUGCCCCCUCCUUCUCCUGGACCACCGAGCACGGCCUCACCCUCCAGUCCGGGCCCAAGUAUGACCUCCGUGACCCUCAGCUGGUGGAUGGGCUGGUGCUGUGGGCGUCAGUGCUGGAGGUGCUGGAGGUGGAGAAGGAGGACUACAGCAAGUACACCUGCUCCGCCAACAACGCCCUCGGCUCAGACUCCUCCACCCUUGCCCUCAACCCGCCUGCUCGCCCUCACCCGCCCACAAACUUCACCAUCACCAACAUCACCUCCUCCACCGUGUCCCUCGCCUGGGUCCCCAACUUCACAGGGGGCCUCCCGCGGGGCUACAUCAUCAGGUACCGCGAAACGGGGACUAUUGACCACCAGAGGGUGGAGCUGUCGGGGGGCAACACAGCAGGCACCACACUGACGGGACUCACAGCUCGGCACUACCUCUUUACCAUCAGGGCCACCAAUGACCAGGGCGCCUCUCCCUUCCUGGCGCCGCCCCUCCUUGCCACGCUGCCCGCAGAGCCAGACAAGGGCGGGGCAGGGGCUGGGGCGGGGCGCUGGCGUGUGCCCCGACUCAUCCUGGUGGUGAUGAGCCUGACAGGCGGCUCGCUACUGCUGCUGAACAUUGCCAUCAUCGCCUGCUUUGUGCGGCGCCGGGCCAGGACACGGCUGACUACAGGCUCUCCCUCCACCACCAAAAUGGAGGUGACACUCGACGGCUACAGUGGAGCCAACAACAUCACCUCUCCACACCACUCCAACUCCACCUCCACCACCACCACCACGCUCGCUGCCACCACCACCACCACCAGCCCACCACCACCACCUCCACCACCACCACCACUACCCCAGCAGCAACAACACCACCUGCAGCAACCAGCCACCACCACCGCCUCCACCACGCUGCUACUCCACCAUCCUCACCACCACAACCGUAACUCCUUCCAGCCUCAGCAGCAUAAUAAUAACAACCAACAACAACAUCAACAACAACAACUACAACAGGUGGUCUUCCCCCUCCCGGCAGGUGGCUGUCAGGUGGAGGCGUGUGACGGAGGGGAGAGCGAGGUGGGGCCGCAUGCGUCGCCCCUUCAGAACGGCGGGCCACUACGCAGGGGCAGCAUCACCUCCUUCAAGGGUGCCGCUGGAGGAAUGAACGCAGUAGCAAAUGGAGUGAGAGAGAACGGAGGAGUCCCGUGUCGCGAGCGCAGGGGAAGUGGAGGAGGAGGUGGAGGAGGCGGAGUAGUAGCAUGUAGUGGAGGUGGAGGAGGAGGAGCAGGAGGUGACAGCCCAUACCACCAUCACCACCACCACCAUCACCACCUGCACCCACACCACCACCACCACCACCACAACCCGGAGGUGUGUUCCCUGACCUCCAGCACCUACGAUGCCUCCCCCGGCCUCCCCACCUCCGCCUCCACGGGUCUCCUCCCCCAGCAAGAGCAGAGAAGGGGGUCUGACGCAGCCACGCCAGACGACCAGAUCUCUCUUGCAUCCUUCCACAGCAGUCACUCGCGCACAUACUCUCAAGGGUAUAUUCGCCCCCUCCCCCCUCCUGGCUGCCCCAACUACUCCAUGCACCCCUGCCAGAGCCGCCCAUGCCCCCAGAGAGAGCCCCAGUCCCUGCCAAGUUCAAUGCAGCAAGGGCAGUCGUAUGCGAGUCUCAAUCCGUCGAGUCUCUACAGCCUCAGCGCGGAUUAUUAUGAGGCGAGGUGUGGCCAGCAGCAACCCUCCUUCUCGACAGGCUCUGCUCCCCUGGGGUACGCCACGCUGGGUCCCCGCAGCCGCCGCGCCCCUCAGCAGCAGCCCUCACAGUUCUCCACGCUGCAGCGGCCCCGCACAGGAAGACUGCAGGCCAGGGAGUGCCAGGCCGACUGCUGCGACUACGAGGACGACCUUCACACCACUACCCAACAGCGCCGCAGCAGCUUCCACGGCCCUCUGCGACGCUGCGACACCCCAGACACGCCAGACACGCAACAACAGCAUAGCACGCGGCAGCCACAGCAGGACCCGGACGAUGGAGGCUACGGGAUGACACAGCAGAAACAGAAACAGGAGGACACAGGAACAGCAGGAAGAGGAAGAGGGUUACUAGGAGGGCCAAGAGGAGGAGGAAUACUUCGAGGAGGAGGAGGAGGAGGAGGAGGAGGCUACAGCAAUACCACGAGGUCCUCCCAGCAAGAUCUAUACAGCAGAGGAAGCGGCAAUCUCACGAACAGCAAAAUUGGAUCACGUGACCCUAUAGUAGCCGUCCCAGCGUACCUCAUCCCGAACAACAACGCAAAUAACGACAACAGCACGUCCUCGCCACCCCUACCUCCACCCCCGCCCUCCUCCACCUUCGCCGCCUCCACCUCCCGUCUAAGGUUUCCACAUGACUACGUCCGCCAGGGGUCCACGAAGAAGGGGAAGACGGUGGAAAAGAAGAAGUAAGAGAGA